GCUGCUGCCGGCCGCGCAAUGUUUUGGGGGCUGUCAGCGCGGCGCGCAGCCCUCCGUGCCGGCGGCCGGUGUCUGCGCUGAGGGGAGCGCGCGCGGUGCCCGCGCUCCGCAGCGGCUGGCGGCCUCUGCCCUGAGGAGGAGGAGGAGGAGCGGCGGCAGCAGCAGCAGCAGCGGCGGAGGAGGAGGUGGAGGAGGAGGCGGCGGCUGCGCCGGCGGCGGCGACCCGGCGGAGCCUCCCGGCGAGGGGCAGGGCUCGCCCCGGUCCCCCGAGCGGCGCGGUGCGGGGAGCCGGCAGCCCCUGUGGCAGCGGCGGCGGCGGGGUAGCAGCGGCCGCGGUGAUGAUGAACAGGUUCAGAAAGUGGCUCUACAAACCCAAGAGAACAGACCCACAGCUCCUUGCUCAGUUCUACUAUGCUGAUGAGGAACUAAAUCAAGUAGCAGCUGAAUUGGACAGUUUGGAUGGAAGAAAAGACCCACAGAGAUGUACGCUGCUAGUCAACCAGUUUCGCUCUUGUCAGGAUAAUGUUUUAAACAUCAUAAAUCAAAUCAUGGAUGAAUGCAUUCCACAUGAACGGGCCAACCGAGACUUUUGUGUUAAGUUUCCAGAGGAAAUACGCCAUGACAACCUUGCAGGACAGCUUUGGUUUGGAGCAGAAUGUUUGGCUGCUGGUUCAAUUAUUAUGAAUCGUGAAAUAGAGAGUAUGGCUAUGAGGCCGUUAGCCAAGGAUCUGACCCGAAGCCUAGAGGAAGUUAGAAAUAUCAUUCGUGACCAGGCCUUAAGGGAUUUGAACCUCUACACAGAAAAAAUGAAAGAUUCACUCAAGCAUUUUGACGUCCUUUUUGCUGAAUUUGAAUUAAGUUAUGUGUCAGCCAUGGUACCUGUGAAGUCUCCAAAAGAAUAUUAUGUACAGCAAGAGGUAAUUGUACUUUUCUGUGAAACUGUGGAGAGAGCCUUAAGGCUUGGAUACCUCACUCAAGAUAUGAUAGAUGACUAUGAACCAGCUUUAAUGUUUACAAUUCCAAGAUUAGCCAUUGUAUGUGGCCUUGUUGUGUACUCCGAGGGACCAUUAAACUUGGACCAUAAACCAGAAGAUAUGUCUGAACUCUUCAGACCUUUUCACACUUUGCUAAGAAAAAUAAGGGAUCUACUUCAGACAUUAACUGAGGAUGAACUGCACACACUGGAACGUAACCUCUGCAUCUCUCAAGAUGUGGAUUUUCCUGUCAGAGCGGAUCCUGAAGUACCCUCUGUCAUUACACCGGGCAUAACUGCGACUUUGCCUGCUAAGGAGCUUUCAGCAAAAGCUGAAAACACAGAGGCUGAGCUGGCUUGUUCUAUGCAGUAUGAUGAGCAGGAGCUGGAACAGCUGAAUAGGAUGGUACACAGAGUUGGAGAUGAAAUGUCUUCUCUGCUUUCCCCUCCAAGCAUCUGUCAGUCUCCAGCUCACAGACCUAGCCUAAGAAAUAGUUCUAGCACAGAAGCUUCACCAACAAGACACCAUCUUGACAAUUUAACUGAUGAAGAGGACAGAGUGUUUUUUAUGGAUGACCUAGAUGGAGCAGGAGAAGCUCUUGCUGGGUUGGAUUCAGUAAGUGACACUUUUGCUUGGGUGAAUAACCCCUGCCACGAUUCAAAACAGAACCUGCAAUAUAGAGAUGCUUUGCUGUAUGAGAAUGGCCAUCAGACAGAGGAAACUUUGCUUUUAAAAGAUGCUGAAACUGACUUAAGCAAUAAUAACAAUAUUGAAGAUAGCAAACAGAUGUCUGGCAUUUCAGUUCAGAAUUCAUGCAGCUGUCUAGAAGGUCCGGACUCACAGUUAUACCUCAAUGGCUGGGAUGCGUAUGCUGAUGAUGCAGAAACAGCAGAAGUGAUAGCUCACAGGACAGGGGGAAUGAAAAUAUCUGCUACUGUAAUAUUCAAUCCUAAAUCUCCCUCUAGCUCAGAAUCCCCAGUAACAACUCCGGAAGCAGCUAUUAGUUGUGUUCCUGGAUCUGCUAAUCCAUUAGCAAAUGAGGAGGAGGAUGAAUCCCAUAAACUCAGUAUAGCUGCCACAAACUGUCUAAUUAAUUCCUGUGUGUGUUGUGGCAGCUGUGAAGACAGCAGGGAGGACAGUGUUGAAGGUUUAAAGACUAAACAUUCUGCAGGAGGUGUUGUAAAUGCUUCAUACACAUUAGUAAAGUCUAAGGAAAUGGACCAUGUAGAUAACUUGGACAAUUCAGUCCCUGCACAGGAAACAUUAAAACCUGAAACUUCUGCUUUGUUAGCAGAAAGAGACUUUGGCAGAGAAGAGCAAAAACUGCCAAUCUCCUCUAAGUGCCUGGCACAUUCCUCAGGUUCACAGGUAGGGGCAGAAAAUGACUCACAAGGAGAAGCAGAAAGCAUCUCAAAUCAGCAGAAGAAGUGGGAGAAGAGAAAACUAGGUGAGAAAAAAUUGGACAACAGUGAAGAUGCUAGUAGUGAAAGAACAGCAAAGGAAGAUGUAAAGUCAAGAUCUAGUUCAAGUUCUCAGGAUGGCUUACGUGAUUCCCCCCUCAGCUCCAUCUCCAGCAGUGACUAUGAGAGUGUUUCUGUCACUACAUGUAGUCUCUCCAGCAUAUACGCUCUGAGCAGUUUAAUGACAAGUUCUUGUUCAUCUGAUGACAUUGAUCAGGAAGAAAUCCAGCUCGCUUUGCAGGCUGCUAAAAUUGCCACACGAGAAAAGAUCAGAUCCAGAUUUCAUGGCAGUAAUGAUCUUAUUCACCGCCUUUUUGUCUGUAUCUCAGGUGUUGCUGACCAGCUGCAGACAAACUAUGCUAGUGAUCUGAGGAGUAUCUUAAAGACCUUGUUUGAAGUUAUGGCAACCAAACCCGAAACAGAAGACAAAGAAAAGCAAAAGAAAGUUAAUCAGGGUUUAAGGAGUGCAGCAUUGGAAGACUGUGCUUUAUGUCAAGAAAGUAUAUCGUCCUCAGAACUUGCUGCAAAAGCCAGAGAUGGGGAUUUUGAAGAUCCUCCUGACUGGGUUCCAGAUGAAGUCUGCAGCUACUGCACUGCGUGCAAGGCUCCUUUCACAGUCAUUCGCAGGAAACACCACUGUCGGAGCUGUGGCAAGAUCUUCUGUUCCCGCUGUUCCUCCCACUCUGCUCCAUUACCUCGUUAUGGUCAGAUGAAGCCUGUCCGUGUUUGCACUCACUGUUAUAUGUUCCAUGUCACUCCUUUCUAUAGUGACAAAGCUGGUAUCUGACAUCUUAAACUAGUGGUAUGUCUUCUGGAGUCUUACACGGACUGAUAUAUUUGACCUAAGCCAAGAAUUAACUUGAAAGAGGGACCUCACGAGGGCAUGUAGGCUUUGACAUCCAUUAUUAUAAAUUUUGUACAGACAGUUUUUAUUGCAUUUUACUAAGCUGCUAAAGGGAAGUAUGAAGCGUCUGUAGCUCUAAGGCUACAGUACAGUCUUCCAUAAAUUUAUAACAUUAAUGUUACGAUGCCAUAUGCAGAAAAAAUGCACUGUGUGGAAGGAAAUAGGGCUCAGAAUUGAAGAAGCAUUGCUGCUUAUCUUACAUGCUAGGAACAGAGUAGCCAGUUAACUAGUCCAUCCCAGCAAAUCAAUCCCAAAGCUCGGACACUUCUGUGCUCACUAGAAUACCAGCAUGGCUGUGGAUGUCAGCGCUCUCCCUCCUGCUGCAGUUUAACUUUCCCAUUACUAGAUUUUUGCUACCUAUGCUAGGAUUAAUUAAAGCAAAACUAUUUCAAAUCCAUAUUGAUAUUUACAAAGGCAAAAUUUUCUGUGAAUCACAUAGGAAGCACUGAAGGUCCUGAAGCAGUAUACUUCUGUUGCCUUUCAUUUACCGGGCAGAGCAAUAACUCCAAGUUGUCUUCUAAAGAUUAAGUUUUACAACUUCCAGUUCAAUAUUUCGAAGUUUUGGAAGUAUUUAUAAUCUACAUCAUUUAUGCUAAAUCCUGUUAAAAGAAGUCUGACACAGAGCUUUGGUUUCUAUAUCAGCAUUUAAAACUUAACAAACUUCAGAGGAAAUGGUUACCAAAUGAAUGAAUUAAUAUUAAAAUACGUAUUUUUUGAAAGAGUUUAGCAGCAAAAUUCAGUAAAUGUGACAAAUUAUUUCUCCCAUGCUAAGGUUUUUUUUAGAUGGUUUUUAAAAGGCAGAUGUGUAAUGAUAUAUUCAAAAGUUCCUACAGAAUGGUCAACCAGAGAAAGGUACUUGUUGUCCACAUUUGGCAGAGUAACUGUGUAAAAUAUUGCAUACUGUUACUUCACUCAUGCUAACAACUCAGAAGAUGUUUGUAUUUAUUUGAAACACCAGGGAUUAAUUUUUAUCUCCACUUGGAGAGGGAAGACAUAAGACUCACAUGGAUUCAUGCUAUGAUCUUGCACAAACUAUUUGCAGUAAGAGCUCCCUGAGCACUGAGGUUUCAAAGGCGUUUGGACGUGCUUUGAGUUAGCCACAUGAAAAGCAAGACACUGUGUGCUGUGGUUACAGAGGAAAUGAGAUCAAGAGCUCUUUGCUGUAUCCCCUUUCCUGACUCACAGUGUUACACACUGUUUCAAAGUGAUAAAUACAAAAAAGGACAAGGAAGUUGUUUGCGGUAUCAUGCUCAAGAAAGGUCAUCAUUGAAAAUGAUAAAGCAAAACUGGCCAGUGUUGUUUUGUUUUGGUUUUGUUUUUUUGUUUUUUUUUUUUUAAUUUAUUUUUGGAGGAACAUUCCAUUUGUUAAGUGGUUUAAUAUUCAGUGUUAAUGAGCCAUAUAAGGGUAUAACAGUUUGCCACUACUGUCGUUUUGAAUCAGAUGAAACAGCUUCACUUAGUUUAUGUGUAAUGCACAAGCCUUAUGAUGCUGUUUGUAGACAAUGUCAGCUAUGAUGUGUUAUCCUUACCUUAUUUAUAUUUUUACUAUUAUUAUUUCCCUGAAAUCCUUCCCAUGGAAUCCUUGAGUUGGAGUGUCAGCAUUCACCAGAGUUUGGAAAGGCAUAUGGGGUUGGGCGAUUGGUGGGUGGUGGGUAAUGUGGUGCAAGCAAUGAUACUUAUUCAGGCUUAAAUCUCAGGCUUCACAUUGCAAUGAUUAUUGCAGUUUUAUUUUUAGAAAAAAACCAACAAAUUUAAUGCUUCUUUUAUAGGAUAAAAAAUACAGCAAACUUCAAUUGUGAAAUAGAUAUGCACAAAAAGUUGCUUCUGUGGAGAAAAAAAAGAAUCUUAUUUAAUGGACUGAAUAUUUAUUCAAGCUUGUUUUUAUUUUGUAAAUGCUGUAAUUCAGAAUCAUUUCCAUAAAUAUGAUAUUUAAAGAUCUCAGACACUAUAGUUUCUUAUGUAAAUAGAGACUCCUAUUUCUCUUACUGAAAAGCACAAUGACUAUAUCAAUACUAAUAUACAUUUGCCUCAAGGAAGACUUUCAUCUUGUAAUCUCUUCAGAUAAUUAAACUGUCAGGACUUUCUA